GCAAUCAGCAUUUCCCCCCUUGAUAAAAUAUUUCAUUGAAUAUCAUCUACGACAGUUCUAUUCAAAAUUUUAUCGUAGUGAAAACCAAAUCAAAGAUAUUAAUCGUCGUACAUAUAGAAUACUUCGUCGUGAAUUAUUUCGUCAAGUUGAUGCACAAAAACGUGAACUCCAAGAAGAACAACAGUUACAAAAGAAUCAUCAACUUAUUGAUUUACAUUAUUUAUUUGAUUGGGGUUCUCUAUGUCAAUUCAAUGAAACAUUUUAUCAAGGGGGGAAAUGCUGA